AUGGUCUUGAGGACGGCAGUGCGUCAGUUCGGGUUGGACCGGCAUGACUUCCCUACGCUUCUGGGGAACGUAUCCACGCUGCUGCGUAUGCUGACGCUUAACAUCGACAGCCGGAAUACCAAACGGAUACCAUUUAUCUUCUACCUGUGGAUGCUAGUAUCUCUAUCCAGCUACGUCUACGGUUUCCCAAUAUCCGUCUUCUGGUUUAUCUUCAUCCGGGAUGAAGAAGAGGAACUGUUGGAGAAAAUCAUAGCAUUCUCUCAACUGACAGUCUGUACGGGGUCCGUCGGCAUGUAUUUGCAUAUGUAUUGGAAUAAAAAUAAACUAAAUAGAAUUAUAGACGCGUAUAUUCUCUGUGACUCUAAAGUGGUACUCUACAGCAGGAUGUCCAGAAACAUCGAGGUGACCUUGAAGUCAGUCAAAAAAAGGGCAUUCGUGUUUUGGAUCUUCGCUAUGAGCCAAGUUGUAGUUUACUUUAUGGUUCGACCGCUGGUUCUUGACAGAAAUUCUAUGAAAGACUAUCAACUUAUGUGGGGUCUUGAUCCAAUUGUCGAAACACCUAACUUCGAAAUUUCACUUUUCGUCAUAAUGAUGAUCUCGACGGUAUCCGUAUUUGCACCCCUCAACAUUCUUGUUCUACUCAUGGUCAUCGUCGGCUACUCCGAAGCCCACAUGUUAGCCCUCAGCGAGGAGCUGCUGUAUCUAUGGGAAGACGCCGAAAUCGACUACCAGAUGCAAACACCAAAUGUCCUCCAAAUCGACGAGUUUGUAAAACGACGUUUGGAAAACAUAAUUAAAUCUCACGCGCAAAGUAUAGAAAUGUUUCAGCAGGUUGAAGAAGUGUGUAGAAAUGGACUUGCUAUUCAAUUCAUGUUGAAUUCAAUAUCUCUCGUAGCUUGUCUCAUGGGGGGAUUACAGAACACAUAUGUGCAAACCCCUUUUACUUUAAUGCUGGUGGGCAUGGAUUGUUACACGGGUCAGAAUCUCGUGAACGCAAGCUUAACGUUCGAAGCUGCGGUUUACAGUUGCAAAUGGGAAAGGUUUGACAAGAAUAACAUGAAAUCAGUGCUGUUGAUGCUGCGAAAUGCGCAGAAAACUAUGCAGUUGUCAGCGGGGGGAGUUGCUGUCCUGAACUACGCGUGUUUCACCACCUUUGUCAAGAGUAUCUACUCUGCGUAUACUGCGUUCCAGUCAAGUGAUUUAGAUACAGGGGAGACAGAAGAAUUGGCAACUUUGUAACCGUUUGUUAUAUUUACCAC